AUGUGUGGAUUCCUGUGUUCCUUCGCGGACUGCGUCGGCUUCACCCUCGAGCCGUCCGCCGCGGGUCGUUACUGCGCCCUCUACACGAACGUCACUGAUUUCGUAAACAACGACACCGACGCUAAGCUGUUCCUGAGAUACAAGCACAAGUGUUUCUUCAAUGAGAGCGAUUGUCAUGACAAGGCCACGUGCUACCAUUAUGACGGAGAGAACCACACCUGCACUUGCAUACCUGGAUAUGUUGGAGACGGGUUUACCUGUCAGGGUGCCUGCGCCGCCAACCCUUGCUUCCCAGGUGUAAGCUGCACAGACACAUAUAACGAGACCUGGUACAUCUGCGGCAGUUGUCCUCCGGGUUACGGCGGUAAUGGGCAGUCCUGUAUUGACCUGCAGUGCCCGAGCGGCUACGCGGGCGACGGCGAGACGUGCGGCCCCGACAGCGACCAGGACGGCUUCCCCAACCUCGGGCUGGCCUGCGCCGAGCCCGGCUGCGUCCAAGACAACUGCCCGACGUGGCCCAACUCUGGCCAGGAGGACGCGGACGCGGACGGCCUCGGCGAUGCGUGUGACGACGACGCCGACGACGACGCCCUGGAAAACGAUGUGGACAACUGCCCCCUCGUGGCCAACCUCGACCAAGCUGACAGCGACGGUGACAGCGUGGGCGAUGCCUGUGACAACUGCCCUGCUCUCGCCAACUCGGAUCAGGGGGAUACUGACGGCGACAGUGUCGGCGACGCGUGCGAUCCUGACAAGGACAAUGACGGCGUGCUCGACGGCGCUGACAACUGCCCGCUAGUUUCCAACACCGACCAGCUUGACACCGACGGCGACGGACUGGGCGACGCGUGUGACAACUGCCCGUCGGCUGCCAACGCGGACCAGGCCGAUGCGGACCAGGACCUCGUCGGCGACGCCUGCGACACUGGCAUAGACACAGGCAGGGACUCCGUCCAGGACAGCCUCGACAACUGCCCCAACGACGUCAACAGCGACCAGGGCGACGCAAACGCAGACGGCGUGGGCGAUGUGUGCGACUUAGACGCCGAUUCUGACGGUAUCCCCAGUGCGCUCGAUAACUGCCCGCUCGUGCCCAACGUCGACCAGCACGACAUGGAGGGCGACGGCGUGGGCGACGCAUGCGCACUCGACUUCGAUGGCGACGGUCACCUCGACGCCAACGACAUCUGCCCCAAGAACGGCGCCAUUUUCGAGCAGGACCUGGGGUCAGUUCCGCCUCCGGCUCAGCAUGGAGUGGUGUCGAAACUACAAGGGACGGAACAUAAAUCCGGGGCGAAUGGGUUAAAGAAUACUGUACAACUUCACAGCCAUCUGGAGCGGUAUCCACGAAAGUUCUCAGACAGUUUUGAGACGAUUCUGAGACUAAAUUUUGAGACAAUCUUCGCUGGAGCGGUAACAGAAGCGAACCCCCAGAAACCCCACCAAUUAACCCCCACCAUCACCCCCACCUCCAGAGACCUGCAGGAGCUGUUGUUGGACGACCCUGCGUCCUAUGACCCGGCCAACUGGGUCAUUUGGGCAAAAGGAUCGCAGAUCGAGGAGACGUUGGAUUCUGACCCAGCGAUGGCUGUAGGUGAGGGAAAUGUCAGGAUCAGCGGCCUGGAUCUCGAGGCGACCAUUGGCACAACGGACGAUGGUGAUAACGACUUUAUGGGAGUUGUUUUCAGUUUUCAGAGUUACUCCGGGUUCUAUGUGGUGACGUGGAAGCAGCAGGGUGAAUCCUACAGUUCAGGCGGCUACAGUUCUUACGGCGAAUCGGGAAUCCACCUAAAGCUGGUCACGAGUCCAGAUGGCCCCAGCAAACGUGUCAAGGUCGCUCUCUUUGACACCCCUUCUGUGGCUGGCCAUGUACGAGGAUGUGACAUUCAUUGGAACAGUGGCUUCCAUGCUGCAGUCAUGAACGGCCUGGGAGAACCCUUUUCCCAGAAACUGUGA